UAUAGAGUUAAGAAGUAUAGGUCUCCUUACAGGAGAAAAAUAGUUCCAAAUUGCUUGAAAACUGAAUAAUUAGGACAAAAAUGCACACAAUUAAGAUCUUUCUUUUUAUUGUUCCUCUAGUAAUUUCUUCCAGAGUUGAUCAAGACAAUUCGUCAUUUGAUUCUAUAUCUUCAGAGCCAAAAUCAAGAUUUGCUAUGCUAGAUGAUGUGAAAAUUUUGGCCAAUGGCCUCCUUCAGUUGGGACAUGGUCUUAAAGAUUUUGUUCACAAGACUAAAAGCCAAAUUAAUGACAUAUUUCAAAAACUCAACAUAUUUGACCAAUCUUUUUAUGAUCUAUCACUUCAAACCAAUGAAAUCAAAGAAGAAGAAAAGGAAUUACGAAGAACUACAUCCAAACUACAAGCCAAAAAUGAAGAGGUGAAGAACAUGUCACUUGAACUCAAUUUAAAACUUGAAAGCCUACUAGAAGAGAAAGUUGUACUUCAACAAAAAGUAAGAGAUCUGGAAGAACAGCUAACUAAUUUAAUUCAAAAUAAACCUGAAGUUCAGGAGCACCCAGAAGUAACAUCACUUAAAAGUUUUGUAGAACAACAAGAUAACAGCAUCAGAGACCUUCUCCAGACUGUGGAAGAACAAUAUAAACAAUUAAGUCAACAGCACAGUCAAAUAAAAGAAAUAGAAAAUCAGCUCAGAAAAACUGGUAUUCAAGAACCCACAGAAAACUCCCAUUCUUCCAAAUCAAGAGCACCAAGAACUACGCCCCCUUUUCAGCCAAAUGGAACAAAAAAUAUAGAACAAGAUGACAUUCCUGCUGACUGUUCUGCCAUUUAUAACAGAGGUGAACAUACAAGUGGUGUAUAUACCAUCAGACCAAGCAAUUCUCAAGUGUUUAAUGUCUACUGUGAUACUGAGUCAGGUAGUCCAUGGACAAUAAUUCAACACAGAAAAGAUGGAUCACAAAACUUCAAUGAAACGUGGAUGAACUACAAAAAUGGCUUUGGAAGGUUUGAUGGAGAAUUUUGGUUGGGUCUAGAGAAGAUAUAUUCCAUAGUGAAACAAUCCAAUUACAUUUUACGAAUUGAGCUAGAAGACUGGAAAGACAACCAGCAUUAUACUGAAUAUUCAUUUCACCUGGGAAAUCAUGAAACCAACUAUACACUACAUCUAGCUGAGAUUGCUGGUAAUGUACUCAAGGCACUCCCAGAACACAGAGAUUUGAUGUUUUCUACGUGGGAUCACAAGGCCAAAGGACAAAUUGACUGUCCAGAAAGUUAUUCAGGAGGCUGGUGGUGGCAUGAUGCAUGUGGAGAAAACAACCUAAAUGGCAAAUAUAACAAACCAAGAGCAAAAUCUAAGCCAGAGAGGAGAAGAGGAAUAUGCUGGAGAUCUCACAAUGGAAAGUUAUACUCUAUCAAAUCAUCCAAAAUGCUGAUCCAGCCAACCAAUUUAGAAAGCUUUGAAUGAACUGAAACAAAAUAAAAAGCAAAUAAAUUAAACACUAAAAUCAUCCCAAAAUAUUGUAGUUUAACAAUCUAGUAUUUAAUGGGAGGCUUGAGAAAUGAAAUUUCAACUAGUUUUAAAGUCACUGUUAAGAUUAAAUAUCAUCACAUCAACUCAA